GGAUAUUGGUGGAUCCAUUCGGCCCCUUCGCUGCCUGUCACUACAAAAUUGACCCCAUGUCCUUCUUCAACGACUGUGUGUACGACAUGUGUGAGCUGGACGGCAGUAAGACGGAGCUGUGCGACGCUUUGGAGGCCUAUGUCAAUGAGUGUCAGCAACGCAACAUCACCAUCGAUUCCUGGAGAAACAGCACCUUCUGCCCUCUCACAUGCCCACCUAACAGCCACUACGAACCCUGUACGUCAGCCUGUCCAGCCACCUGCCUUAACCCUACACCUCCUUCCUGCGACCUCCCCUGUGUGGAAGGCUGUCAGUGCGAUAAAGGAUUUGUACUGAGCGGAGACCAGUGUGUGCCCAAAAAACAAUGUGGCUGUUUUUACAACGGAACCGAAUAUCAGCCAGGUGAGGUGAUCUGGUCUAAGGCCUGUGACCAAGUGUGUAAGUGUCAGUCGAGCAAUAACAUUGAGUGCAAAGAUACAAGCUGUGAUCCGGACGAGUACUGCGGCAGUGAAGGUGGUGUUCAGGGCUGUUACCCUAAAGGUUCAUCCACAUGUACAGCAUCUGGAGAUCCCCACUACACCUCCUUUGACAAGAAGAAGUUUAAUUUCCAUGGAAACUGUACGUACGUCAUGUCCCAGACCUGCAACUCCACACAAACCCCAUUCGCUGUGUACGCAUCCAACGAGCACAGGAAUAAGAAAAAGACUGUGACGUACGUGAAAGCCGUCUAUGUGGAGGUGUACGGCAUCACAGUGUCCAUACUCAAGAAGAAGGUUGUCCAGGUGAACGGAAAAACUGUGACUGUCCCAAUCAACCCAGUCCGUGAGGUCACCAUCAAACCAUCCGGCAAACAUGUCGUCGUACAGACUGACUUUGGUCUGAUCGUUAGAUACGAUGGCAAUCAUCACAUGGACAUCAAGGUUCCCAGCGACUACGCUGACGAGCUGUGUGGCCUGUGCGGUGACUACAAUGGAAGCCCCAGUGAUGACUUCAGGACUCGUGAGGGAAAGCUGGUGAAGGGCGUCAAUGACUUUGGGAACAGCUGGAACGUGGACGACAACUGCACCAAGACUGACAGUGAUGUGGACCCAGAGUGUACUGAGGAAGAGACAGACAAAUAUGAAGGACCUGCCUACUGUGGGAUAUUGGUGGAUCCAUUCGGCCCCUUCGCUGCCUGUCACUACAAAAUUGACCCCAUGUCCUUCUUCAACGACUGUGUGUACGACAUGUGUGAGCUGGACGGCAGUAAGACGGAGCUGUGCGACGCUUUGGAGGCCUAUGUCAAUGAGUGUCAGCAACGCAACAUCACCAUCGAUUCCUGGAGAAACAGCACCUUCUGCCCUCUCACAUGCCCACCUAACAGCCACUACGAACCCUGUACGUCAGCCUGUCCAGCCACCUGCCUUAACCCUACACCUCCUUCCUGCGACCUCCCCUGUGUGGAAGGCUGUCAGUGCGAUAAAGGAUUUGUACUGAGCGGAGACCAGUGUGUGCCCAAAAAACAAUGUGGCUGUUUUUACAACGGAACCGAAUAUCAGCCAGGAGAGGUGAUCUGGUCUAAGGCCUGUGACCAAGUGUGUAAGUGUCAGUCGAGCAAUAACAUUGAGUGCAAAGAUACAAGCUGUGAUCCGGACGAGUACUGCGGCAGUGAAGGUGGUGUUCAGGGCUGUUACCCUAAAGGUUCAUCCACAUGUACAGCAUCUGGAGAUCCCCACUACACCUCCUUUGAUAAGAAGAAGUUUAAUUUCCAUGGAAACUGUACGUACGUCAUGUCCCAGACCUGCAACUCCACACAAACCCCAUUCGCUGUGUACGCAUCCAACGAGCACAGGAAUAAGAAAAAGACUGUGACGUACGUGAAAGCCGUCUAUGUCGAGGUGUACGGCAUCACAGUGUCCAUACUCAAGAAGAAGGUUGUCCAGGUGAACGGAAAAACUGUGACUGUCCCAAUCAACCCAGUCCGUGAGGUCACCAUCAAACCAUCCGGCAAACAUGUCGUCGUACAGACUGACUUUGGUCUGAUCGUUAGAUACGAUGGCAAUCAUCACAUGGACAUCAAGGUUCCCAGCGACUACGCUGACGAGCUGUGUGGCCUGUGCGGUGACUACAAUGGAAGCCCCAGUGAUGACUUCAGGACUCGUGAGGGAAAGCUGGUGAAGGGCGUCAAUGACUUUGGGAACAGCUGGAACGUGGACGACAACUGCACCAAGACUGACAGUGAUGUGGACCCAGAGUGUACUGAGGAAGAGACAGACAAAUAUGAAGGACCUGCCUACUGUGGGAUAUUGGUGGAUCCAUUCGGCCCCUUCGCUGCCUGUCACUACAAAAUUGACCCCAUGUCCUUCUUCAACGACUGUGUGUACGACAUGUGUGAGCUGGACGGCAGUAAGACGGAGCUGUGCGACGCUUUGGAGGCCUAUGUCAAUGAGUGUCAGCAACGCAACAUCACCAUCGAUUCCUGGAGAAACAGCACCUUCUGCCCUCUCACAUGCCCACCUAACAGCCACUACGAACCCUGUACGUCAGCCUGUCCAGCCACCUGCCUUAACCCUACACCUCCUUCCUGCGACCUCCCCUGUGUGGAAGGCUGUCAGUGCGAUAAAGGAUUUGUACUGAGCGGAGACCAGUGUGUGCCCAAAAAACAAUGUGGCUGUUUUUACAACGGAACCGAAUAUCAGCCAGGAGAGGUGAUCUGGUCUAAGGCCUGUGACCAAGUGUGUAAGUGUCAGUCGAGCAAUAACAUUGAGUGCAAAGAUACAAGCUGUGAUCCGGACGAGUACUGCGGCAGUGAAGGUGGUGUUCAGGGCUGUUACCCUAAAGGUUCAUCCACAUGUACUGCAUCUGGAGAUCCCCACUACACCUCCUUUGACAAGAAGAAGUUUAAUUUCCAUGGAAACUGUACGUACGUCAUGUCCCAGACCUGCAACUCCACACAGACCCCAUUCGCUGUGUACGCAUCCAACGAGCAUAGGAACGGGAAAAAAACUGUGUCGUAUGUGAAAGCCGUCUAUGUGCAGGUGUACGGGAUCACCGUGUCCAUACUCAAGAAGAAAGUUGUCCAGGUCAAUGACAAGACUGUGACGGUGCCCAACAAACCAGUGUCCGGAGUCACGAUCAAGCAAAACGGCAAACAUGUUGUUGUGGAGACAGAUUUCGGCUUGAUUGUGAGAUAUGAUGGCAACCACAAUGCCCAGGUCAAAGUGCCAAACGACUAUUCUGGUGAGCUGUGUGGUCUGUGCGGUGACUACAAUACAAACCCACUUGACGACUUCAAGACUCCCACAGGAGAGUUGGUGAAGAAUGUCAACGACUUUGGGAACAGCUGGAAUGUGGACAAGAACUGCACGUCUUCAGGCAGUGACGUGGAACCGGAAUGCAGUGAAGAAGAGACUGAGAAAUACCAGGGACCUGCAUACUGUGGGAUAUUGGUGGAUCCGUUCGGUCCAUUUGCCGCCUGUCACUACAAGAUUAGCCCCACGUCCUUCUUCAACGACUGUGUGUACGACAUGUGUGAGCUGGACGGCAGUAAGACAGAGCUGUGCGAAGCUUUGGAGGCCUAUGUCAAUGAGUGUCAGCAACGCAACAUCACCAUCGACUCCUGGAGAAACGACACGUUCUGCCCUCUUCGUUGUCCAGCCAACAGCCACUAUGAUCCGUGUGCGUCGGCCUGUCCAGCCACCUGCGUCAACCCCAGACCCCCAACGUGUGACGAGCCCUGUGCCGAGGGCUGUGAGUGUGACCAAGGAUUUGUGCAGAGCGGAGACCAGUGUGUGCCUCAGCAGCAAUGUGGAUGUUUCUACAAUGGUGAUUACUACCAGACCGGCGAUGACUUCUUUACACCCGAUUGCUCAAAGAAGUGCGAGUGUCAGGGGAGCAACGUGACCACCUGCAGCGACUGGCAGUGCGGAGAGAAAGAGUACUGCGGCCUUGUCAAUGGCAUUCACGGCUGCCACCCAAUAGGAUUUGAAUCGUGUUACAUCUCUGGAGAUCCCCACUAUUACAGCUUUGACAAGAGAUCUUUGGCCUUCAUGGGCACCUGUACAUACACGCUGGCCAGAUCGUGUGAGAAUCAGACCGGACCUUGGUUUACCGUUGAAGGCAAGAAUGAGGAGAGAGGUCAGAAGGGAGUCUCCUACCUGAAGAAGAUCUACCUCACAACGCAGGGAUCCACCAUCACCCUCAUGAAGAGCAGACGGACACUGGUCAAUGACAAGAGGAUUCGCCUGCCCUACCAGACAGCCAGCAAGACAGCCAUCUCUCAGAGCGGCCAGUACGUGGUGGUGCAGACCUCCUUUGGCUUGACUCUCCGCUGGGAUGGGAACCAUUACCUGGAGAUUAUUGUUCCAACGUCUUACUUCAACAUGAUGUGCGGUCUGUGUGGAAACUUGGACGGAUUCGCGAACAACGAUAACAUAAAGCCCGACGGUUCUGCAGCAAAGACCGGGGACGAGUUAGGGAACAGCUGGAAGACGAAGGAUGAUGAAGAUGACGACUGUAAAUCCGACGAUUCGGACCAGCCCCCCUGUGAUGAAGAUCUCUAUGAACAGGUUAUAAGCUCGGACAGCUGUGGGCGUCUAAUAGACCCCAUGGGAGCCUUCAGGGACUGCAUUAAGAUUGUGGACCCCAUGCCCUACUUCAACAACUGCAUCUUUGACAUGUGCCAGUACGAGGGGCUUGAUGCCAUGCUGUGUGACCAACUCCAAGCCUACACCGAUGCCUGUCUGUCUGCUGGAGCUACUGUCCACUCGUGGAGGGAGCCAGACUUCUGUCCUCUGGACUGCCCUGCAAACAGUCACUACACCCUGUGUGCCAGCGCCUGCCCUCCCACCUGCAACGACCCGUUCGCUCCAGGGAACUGUCCGAACCGCUGCGUCGAGGGGUGCGAGUGCGACGAGGGUUACGUCCUCAGUGAUGGGAAGUGCGUCCCUGCCAACGAGUGUGGCUGCACCGAUUCAGAAGGAGAUUACUACCUGCCUAACGAGAGCUGGUACAAGCCAGGCUGCACUGAGGAGUGCUUGUGUCAGGGUCACAACAUCUUCACAUGCAAGAACUCAAGCUGCCUACCCGUGGAGACAUGUGGGCUGGAGGACGGAAUCUAUGGCUGUCACGCUCUAGAUCGUGAAACAUGCAGUGUCUCGGGAGACCCUCACUACACAACGUUCGACAAGAAGGUGCACAAUUUCAUGGGGACCUGCACCUACACUCUCUCCAAGCUCGGAGACACCUCGUCCAACCUCAAAUACUACAACGUGGAAACCACAAACGAGCACAGAGGCAGCAACAAAAAGGUCUCGUACGUCAAAGCCGUCCACAUCGAUGUGUACGGUCAUCGCAUCACCUUAAUGAAGAGCAGGAGAGUCAUUCUGAACGGAAAAAGAAUCAACCUGCCGGUAUUUGUGGACGAUCAGGUGGUGAUCAGGCUCAGUGGCAAAUACGCCGUGGUGGAGACUGACUUUGGGCUGUGGGUGCGCUUCGAUGGAAACCAUCACGCGGACGUCUCCGUUCCCUCCUCUUACACAGGGCUGCUCUCUGGGCUGUGUGGAAACUACAACAAAAACAAAGCUGACGACAAUCUCAAACCCGAUGGCAGUGCUGCUGACAACGUCAAUGACCUGGGAGAGAGCUGGCUGGUACCUGAUGAUACGCCGGGAUGCACAAACAGUGGUGGGAUUGAGGAUUGUGAUGACGAUGUGCAGGCCGAGGCUGAGAAGCCAACAAGCUGUGGUUUCAUUAAGGACCCGACAGGCCUGUUCAAAGAGUGUCACAGCAAGAUCCCCCCAGAGCAAUACUUUGACAACUGCGUGUACGACAUGUGUGCUUACGAUGGAGAUACGAUGUACCUUUGCUUAGCGCUGCAGAGCUAUGCUGACCUGUGUGCCAAAGCUGGCGUCUCGGUCACCUGGAGAAACAAGACCUUCUGCCCACUGACCUGUGGACUUAACAGUCACUAUGAGCCCUGUGGGACAGCCUGCCCUGCCUCCUGCACUGACCUCUCAGCUCCCAACGACUGUAACAAACCGUGUGUGGAGGACUGCGUCUGUGACAACGGCUUUGUGCUGAGUGGGGACAAGUGUGUUCCCUUCAGUCAGUGCGGCUGUGUGGACACAGACAAGAACUACCACCUGUUGGGAGAGAACUGGAUCACGGACAGUAACUGUACAGAACGCUGUACCUGCUCCAGCCCCAACAACAUCACGUGUGAGCAGUGGAACUGCGGCCCGCUGGAGACAUGCGAGGUCAAGGACGGAGUGCUCGGGUGUCAGAUCUUAGGCACAGUCUCCUGUCACGUGGCCGGAGACCCUCACUACUUCACCUUUGACAGCGCCAUGCACACGUUUAUGGGGACCUGCACCUACACGCUGGCGGAGGUCUGUGUGCCCACGAUGGUCACGCCCUUCACCGUCAACGCCAAGAACGAGGAGCGAGGGCAGCCUGGCGUCUCCUACAUCAGCUCAGUGAACAUCGACGUCUACAACGUCCGCAUCACCCUACAGAAGAGCAGACGGAUUCUGGUCGACGGGAAGAGAGUGCGGGCUCCAGUUACAGACCAGAUUAAAGGUGUGUCCAUCGUCACCAGUGGCAUCUACUCCGUGGUGGAGACUGACUUCGGGCUCGUGGUGAAGUUUGACGGAAACCACCACCUGGAGAUCAAAGUGCCCAGCACGUAUUUCGGGAAGUUGUGCGGCAUGUGUGGCAAUUACAAUCAGGACCAAUCUGACGAGCUGUUGAUGCCCGACGGGAAGAUGGCAAACAACGUGACCCACUUCGGGAACAGCUGGAAGGACGAGGGAGACAGCGACCCAGGUUGCAAGCCUGACAACAGAGAGGAUCUGAAUGCAAGCUGCCUGCCCUCCGACAUGGAGAAGGUGGUAGUUCUGUGCCAGGACAUGCUGAACGACAAAUACAAGACGUGCCACAGUCUGGUCGAUCCCUUCCCCUUCAUCCAGAACUGCGUAUUUGACAUGUGCGAGUACAACGGCAUGAUCUCCACGCUCUGUGACAACAUCCAUUCCUACGUGGAGGCCUGCAAGAGCGAGGGAGUCGGCAUCAAGUGGAGGAACAGCACCUUCUGCCCCCUGGCCUGUCCACCCAACAGCCACUAUGUGGAAUGCUCCACCCCCUGCCCCGCCACCUGCACUGAUAUCUACGCUCCCUCCAACUGCGAGACCUCGAGCGCCUGCGUGGAAGGCUGUGAGUGCAACGCCGGAUACGUACUGAGCGACAACGAGUGCGUGAAGCUGCAGGAAUGCGGUUGUGUGGACGCCGAGAACGAGUACCACAACGUCGGGGAAAGCUGGCUGACCAAGGACUGUCAGGAGACCUGUCAUUGCCCCGGAGACGGGAACGUCAAGUGUGAAGCCUUCAGCUGCGGGAAAGCCACAGUGUGCGAUGCGAAGGACGGAGUCAAUUACUGCAGACCCACACGAUUUAAUCAGUGUCAUAUCUCCGGAGACCCCCACUACAUCACCUAUGACUUUGUGAUCCACCAUUACCAAGGCAAGGACACCUACACCCUGAGCGAGACCAACAAUGCCGGUAACCUGAUCCCGUUCAACAUCGAAGGCAGGAAUAAACGCAGGAGCCCGUUCAGUAAGGUCUCCUUCCUCCAGGAAGUCUACAUCGACAUCCAUGGAUACUCCAUCAUGCUCUUGAAGAACCGCAAAGUUGUGGUGGACGGUGUGAGGAUCAAACCUCCCUUUGAACCCCGAGAAGGUCUGCGCAUCUAUCAGAAAUCCAGGUCCAUUUUCCUGGAGAUGGACUUUGGGCUCACCGUGGAGUUUGACGGAGAAUCAGCAGCAGUGAUUACUCUCCCGAGUACCUACAUGGAGCGAGUGCUGGGCUUGUGCGGUAACUACGAUGACCGAAGGUACAACGACUACAUGAAGCCGGACGGCACGAUCACCGAAAACCUCAACGAGUUUGGCAACAGCUGGAAAGUGAGGCCUCGGAACCGGGCGGCCACUGAGACACAGACCCAAAGAAUCCACAAACGUGACGUGAAUAAUCCCGAGUCAGGCUUCACCACUGAGGACUGCACCAGUGACCAGCUGGAGCUGAUGAACAGUACUAAGUUCUGCGGUGCGCUGUCUAACCCAAAUGGGCCCUUCAAAGCUUGCCAUUCGAUCGUCUCACCCAGUACCUUCCAGGAGAACUGCUUGUUCGACCUGUGUGCUGACUUCGAGAGCAAAGAGUUACUGUGCCUUAGCUUUGAAGCCUACACCAAGAUCUGUCAAGAGAAGUUGGUGCCCCUGGACUUGUGGAGGGAGCAGACAGAAUGUGGACUGGAUUGCCCUGCCCACAGCACCUACAGGUCCUGCAUGAUCGCUUGCCCUGCCACCUGUGCUGAUCUGGCUGCCCCAGGAGGCUGUGAGAUCCCCUGUCAGGAGGGGUGUGAGUGCGAUCGGGGCUAUGUGCUCAGCGACCUGGAGUGUGUGCCCUUCAGCCAGUGUGGCUGCACCUACCACAGCAAAUAUUAUGAGGUGCAGGAGACGUUUGUCACGGACCAGUGUGAUCAGAGCUGCCUGUGUGCCAACACCAACACCGUUCAGUGCCAGCCCAAACAGUGUGGCACUGGGGAGGUGUGUGCUGCCUUCAACUUGACCAUCGACUGCUUCCAAGAGGGAGCCUGCCUGUCUGAUCCCUGUCUCAGCGGUGGAACGUGUAGCGAAUCUCCAGGCAUUAAAAACUACACGUGUGAGUGUCGUCCUGGAUUUUUUGGGGAGAUGUGUGAGAAUCAGUUGGAUGAAGAAACCUCAGGUCCGAAUGUGGUGCUGAUUGUGGUGCUGGUCGUGCUGGCAACCUUCCUCGUCUCCUUGUGUAUCGGAUUCACCAUCUACUUCCUCACGUCCAGGAGGAACCCAAAGGCUGUGAUGCCAGAGGAUUUCGCCAUGAUUUUGCCUGAAAAUGUGAGGAGAAAGAGCAACAGCUCCACCAGCUCAGACAGUGUGGAUUCCGAACGGCUCUAGGACUUCAAAAGCGCGGAAUUACGAAGAAAUCAAAGUUUUCAAUCAUCACGCGACCCCUCCUACCCCCCCCCACCCCACCUACCCGCCAACCAGCCAGUGACUGCUCGGGGGAGCCACACACACAAAUUCAUCAAUCGAACUGGAGUGACUCCUCGGGAAAUUACUGCAAUCAUCUCAGAUGCAAACUCCACAAUCAGCAACAACAACAAAUUGGUACAGUGCUUCUCAUGUCAGGAGAGAGUGGCUCAGAGAGACCCAGACAUCAAAGGUAACAACCAGAGAGAGAUGGAGAUACUCAGUACGGAGAGCAAGAGGCACCAGGAGACCAGAGAUUCUAGUCAAAAGACAGACAGCUCGAGGAACUCGGAGAUAGACUCAGAGAAAGAGAGAGAGAAAAGGCAUCGAAAUGGCAAACGUGAAAGCUCAGGAACUACAGCCACGGCUUGGAGAAUGCCAUCCUCCUGUGGCCAAAUGUUGAAUGUACAGGAACAAUGAAGUGUAACAUGUCUUCAUCAAUCAAUCAAUCAAUCAGUCGGACAGAAGAAAGGGGAUUCCUUUGG